AUGAGGGCACAAAGAGAAGCAAAAAAGAGGGCCAAAGCGAUGGACGCUAGUGGGUCAGGUGGAGUGAUUGGUGGAAUGGUCGGAGAGGAUGAGUUGAGUCGUAGCAAAAGAAGGUCUAAAAAAUGUGAGUGUAUUGCCAAUGUGUAUGCAAGUGUAAACCGUGAAGGAGAAUGGGUGAUAAGGAUAGUUGAAUUGGAGCACACAGGUCACGCCCCCAAUCGUAGGAAUGCUCGUUUAGUGAAAGAGUAUCGGAUGAAACACUUUACAUCAAGAGUGAGAAAGAAGCUACAUAAAUAUUUUGAGAAUGGGUUACCAGUGAAGCAAAUCCAUGGGUGCUUUGGAACUGAGAUGGUGGACUCUGAGCCUUUGCCAUUCAAUGUGAAGGACAUAGAGCAUGAGGUCUACAAAAGAAGGCGUUUACUAAUGGAGGGAAGUGAAUGUGUUGCCAUGAUGAAAUUUUUUCAACAAAUGCAAUCUGGGAAUAUAAAUUUUUAUUUUUCACAACGGUUGGAUGAUGAAGCUCCCAAAGCAAUGCUCACCGACCAGGCAGCUGCCAUGAGGAAGCCACUUGAGGAGGUGAUGCCGAUGACGAGACACCAAUGGUGCAUCUGGCACAUAAUGAGAAAGAUUCCUGAAAAACUUGGUAAAUGCGAAAAGUAUCAGGAAUUAAAGAGAAAGCUAAAGUGUGUUGUUUAUGAAAGUUUCAACGUCCAAGAAUUUGAGAACAAUUGGAAUGAAGUUGUUACUAAAUAUGAGCUGCAGAGCAAUGAAUGGCUUGACAUUCUUUGCAAGGAACGACACAUGUGGUUGUUCGAGUUCCCACAAAAGUAUGAUAAGGCCGUGGAGAAGAGAGUUGAUGAUGAAGUAGAUGCUGAUGAAAAAUGUGCGAAAUAUAUCAGGCGAUUGGUCAGUGGUUUUGCGGUUGAGAAAUUAUUUCAAAAGUUAUACAUGGAUACUAAGUUUCAAGAAGUGCAAACGGAAUGUUGUAGGCUUAUGUACUGCUAUCCUCGUGAAGAGAAUAUAGUAUCAGAAAAUCUAAUUCAGUAUCUGAUUGAAGAUCGUGUUUGGAUUGUUCCAGAGGGUAAGAACGAGGCUGUAUUGACAAAUAGGAGGAGGUUUUAUUCAGCUACUUUUCACACCGAAACCAAAAUAGUCUGUUGUGAUUGCCGCAAGUUUGAAACAGAUGGUAUAAUUUGCAGGCACAUCAUUCGUAUUCCUGACCUUAAUCAAGUCGUUGACAUUCCACAACGAUAUAUACUAAGUCAUUGGAGAAAAGAUUUGUUAAGGAUGCACACAGGUGUUAAGGUAUCCAAGCAUGAUCCAUCUAAGACCGGGUUGUGGAAAAGGUGA